GAAAGAUGGCAGAAGUCAGAAGUUAUAUUGGAAGGAGAGCGCACGGCUUUUCACACAGAAUAAGUAACUGCUAUCACCUUGCCAGUCGCAACAAACACGAGAAAAGUUUUGUGCACAGUUCGUAUUUGCCAGCAGGUUUUCUUUUGGGUAACAGUCCAAACCCCGGACCGUAUGGAGCUAAAGAUGCCGCGGACAGAGUCCCUGCUGGAGCUUCUCGGGACAGUUAUACAAGGGUAAAACCGCAGCUUGGAGCUGUUUCGGAGGACAGAAAUGCUGCUGAAAAUUACCAUUACCGUGGACUUGAGGAGUAUUCGCUUUCUAGCAAGAGCCAGGUACAAAGAAUUAAUAGAAAUCUUCCUCGGCACCAGAGGUAUGCCGAGUUUUGUAGGACUUUCCACCGAGAACAACACUUGUACCGGCGACAUGGGCAGUGGGCAUUUGUCCGGACUUACAGCGGUAACGGAGCCAGAUCCGAGCCUCUUUACCAAACCAAAACGGGUUACUAUGAAAUCCUGGGGGUGUCGCCUUCCGCCACUCAAGCCCAGAUAAAAACGGCGUACUACAAGCAGUCCUUCACCUACCACCCGGACAGAAACGCCGGCAGCGAAGAGGCCACGGUCCGCUUUUCGGAGAUCAACGAGGCCUACACCGUGCUGGGAAACAAGGGUCUGAGGAAGAAAUAUGACCGAGGACUGCUGAGUCUGUCAGACCUCACUGCCACAGUCAGGCCGUCCGCCAAGGACACCACCGGGAGCUCAACCAGACCGCAAGCCGAGAGCCGACGGUCUGUAAUGGGCGCAGACGGCCGAGGAGGCAUCUUUGAUUUCGACAAUUUCUUCAAGUCUCACUACAGCGAGCAGCUGCAGAGACAAAGAGACAUCCGAGUCCGCAAAGAGGAGAUACUGAAGAAGGAACAGGACACUAUAGGCGACAGGAAGAUGGGGACGAUGAUGGAGGUUGGAGUUGGCAUGCUGUUGGUGGUAGCAAUCGCUAUACUAAUGAACUUUAAAAAAGGAUGAAGGCUUCUGCUGGGGAAAGUUGGAGAUUGAACACUGCGGGUCCCCUUAAAACUCCAGCACCUCUCACGCUACUAAACACUGCACUUCUGUAAUUUUAAGUCAGUUACUUGACCGAAAUAAACUUGACAAGUAUCCACUGAUUCAAGCCGGUGAGGAUUUAAGGCUGAUCAAAGGCCCAGAAGCAACUAUUUAUUUAAAUAGUUAAAUAAUUCUGGACCUUCAAUCAACAAAAUAAACAAUCUGUGCAUAUGAGCAAACAUAUGCACAUCUGUUUGUGAUUGCAUCACAUAAAAGAAGUUGAAUAUAAAAAUAAAUUGAAAUCACUUAUUGUAGUGCUUCAUCCUGUAUUACCUUUUGCACAGCAGUCCACUCUGCCAACAUGUUGUGAGCACGGCAUCACCAGCAGUGGAGGCUUCAGUGGUGGGUUUACAACCUUUCACUUCAGCUCCUUUGGCUUUAAUAAAGUCAUCAGUCUGGGAGAAACUUAAUAAUUUUACUGGUGAGCCAAAUUUUAAGUGUAAUGUGUUGCUAUUUGUAACAUAUUUAUAGCAGUGUAAGUAAAGGGUGCGGUAAUAGCUUAAACGCCCAUCCAAAAUGGGCAUUACAGCAACUGUAAGGUUGUAAUCAGAUGGUUAUAUUAAAGAAUGUGCCUUUGAUCAUAUUUAUUGUAAAAUUACUGGGUU